CGCUGUGGAGCCUCUUUCUCUUUCCUCAGGCUGAGCCACACAGCAGCUACUCAGCACCGAAACCCGUCCGGACCACCGGCAACAUGGGGAUUAAAUUUCUGGAGGUGAUAAAACCAUUUUGUGCAGUAUUACCUGAGAUCCAGAAACCUGAGAGACGGAUUCAGUUCAGAGAGAAGGUGCUAUGGACAGCCAUCACCCUGUUCAUCUUUCUGGUGUGCUGCCAGAUUCCCUUAUUUGGUAUCAUGUCAUCAGACUCGGCAGAUCCUUUUUACUGGAUGAGAGUCAUUCUUGCUUCCAACAGGGGUACUUUGAUGGAGUUGGGCAUCUCUCCCAUCGUCACCUCGGGUCUCAUCAUGCAGCUGCUGGCUGGAGCUAAAAUCAUCGAGGUUGGAGACACACCAAAAGACAGAGCACUGUUUAAUGGCGCCCAGAAACUGUUUGGAAUGAUAAUCACCAUUGGCCAGGCUAUUGUGUAUGUGAUGACUGGCAUGUACGGCGACCCGUCAGAGAUGGGUGCUGGGAUCUGUCUGCUCAUUAUCAUUCAGCUGUUUGUGGCAGGGUUGAUUGUGCUGCUGCUGGAUGAGUUGCUGCAGAAGGGUUAUGGUUUGGGCUCGGGUAUCUCCCUCUUCAUCGCCACCAACAUCUGUGAAACAAUUGUAUGGAAAGCCUUCAGUCCAACUACAGUCAACACAGGCAGAGGCACAGAGUUUGAGGGUGCUAUUAUUGCUCUGUUCCAUUUGCUGGCCACCCGUACUGACAAAAUACGAGCACUGAGAGAGGCCUUCUACAGGCAGAACCUCCCCAACCUCAUGAACCUCAUCGCUACUGUCUUUGUGUUUGCUGUAGUUAUAUAUUUCCAGGGCUUCAGAGUUGAUCUGCCCAUCAAGUCUGCACGUUACCGUGGACAGUACAAUACGUAUCCCAUCAAGCUUUUCUACACCUCUAACAUUCCCAUCAUCCUACAGUCUGCUCUGGUGUCCAACCUGUACGUCAUCUCUCAGAUGCUCUCCACUCGCUUCAGUGGCAACUUCCUGGUCAACUUGCUGGGCACCUGGUCUGACACUUCGACUGGCGGGCCAGCUCGCGCUUACCCUGUAGGCGGUCUGUGUUACUACCUCUCCCCUCCCGAGUCAUUUGGCUCAGUCUUGGAGGAUCCAGUCCAUGCUGUCAUCUACAUUGUCUUCAUGCUGGGCUCCUGUGCUUUCUUCUCAAAGACAUGGAUUGAGGUGUCUGGAUCUUCUGCCAAAGACGUUGCAAAACAGCUAAAAGAACAGCAAAUGGUGAUGAGGGGACACAGAGAGACAUCCAUGGUGCAUGAACUCAAUAGGUACAUCCCCACAGCUGCAGCAUUCGGAGGACUGUGCAUAGGUGGCCUGUCUGUCAUGGCUGACUUCCUGGGUGCUAUUGGCUCAGGAACAGGAAUCUUGCUGGCUGUUACAAUCAUCUACCAAUACUUUGAGAUCUUUGUAAAGGAGCAAAGUGAAGUCGGCAGUAUGGGUGCUCUGCUCUUCUAAACAACAAAAGCCCUACACAGGCACCUUGGACUGAUACAUUUCCGUUUGUUAGUUAGUUCUUUUUAUAUAAUUAUUUUAUCAUAUGGACACAUUCAGUGCUCUGCCAGACUUAGGCAUUUGUGCUUCUUUUACCAAAAGCUCUCUGAAUUCAUCAUGGGAAUGUCCUUGUCCCGGUCAGCCAGGACACUACCUGUUGCAUUUUUUAAUCAAGUUACUAAUGGUUAAAAGCACAGAUGUGUGAUCAGGAACUAGUUGAACCCAGUGGUUUGGACGUAUCUUGGUUUCUCCAACCCAAGAUUUAAACCAGUGCCAGUGUAUGUGUGAUCAGGUAACUGCAGUGUCAUGUAAUGAAGACUGUUAAUUGAUAUGAUGUAAAUAAAAACUUUUUUUUUUUUUGACAAAACCUCUGAAUUAGGAGAGGUGUGUAUUGCCAAGAACAAACGCCUAGUUUUGUUGCUUAUUUAGGGUCAAGCUCUGGCUUGGAGACUACAUUUAUUAAUUGUUGGUAUGUAGUAUAGAUCCAUUUCAUUUGGUGGCUUUGUUUUCUUGUGUGUGUUGGUGGUGGUUUGUUUUUCUGUAUGAAGUAUUUUGUAUAUUUUGGAACAUUUGUUUCAUGCACUCAGCAAUAUCUGCCUCCCCUCACCUGACUCAAGAGGAAAGAGCAAAAACUGUACUAGUGCAUCCAAAAAAAAAAAAUUAGAAUAUUCUAAAUUUCAA